CAGUCGCAGGCACGAGCGAGACAGAAGAUAGGGCAGGCCGCCGGCGAGAGUGUCUUUUAUCUCAGUCGCGCAGUCGAGCAGCGGCAACACAGCCAGCAGUCACUCAGCAGCGCGCUCCCAUUGGUCAUCGCAGCGCCGCGGCCCGCCGGGAUAAGAGCCAUGCAGCCCACGCCGCUGCUCAUCAUUGCCUCCGUGCUCUUCUUCGGCGUCGCCAGCUCCCCGACCGCCAGCAUGUCGGACGACGGGCCGUGCCACGAGUUCGUCAAGGCGAGCAUCGCCUACCAGAAGACCCUGGCCGAGAAGGUCAAGGCGCUCAACGGGCGCACAGUGUACCUGUUCGACGCCACGGGCUUCGCCGCCGGCCUCCAGGACGCCGUCACGGCCGAGUCCCUGCGCUACAAGACGGGCACCCUGGACGGCCGCCAGGUCGACGCCGUGCUGUCCGUGUCCGCGCAGACCAGCCUCAGCGGCCCGGCCGGCGCCCAGACCUACCUCCGCUGGGCGGGCCAGGGCCAGGACAUCCACGUCGACGACCAUGGCGUCCACAUCUAAGGACACUGCCGCCGCCGCAGCCCUCCUCCCGCGAGAUUAACGACGCCAUCAUUAUGCAGCAAGAAUAUUUACUCGGAUUCAUUCCGCAAUGAAUCACAAAACUUAAUUUGCUUCACUGCUUUUCCUCAAUUAAUUUCGCGCCAAAUCGGAAUCAAUAUUCAUUCCGCACAAUCAAUCAUCAAUCAAUGUAACUUUUCAGUUUAAUUUUACGCAGCGCGUCGCUUGGUGAUUGAAUCUCUUCGUUAUUAGCAUCCGCGCGCCCCACAAAAAAAGAGAUGAAAAAGAGAAUAAUAAAAUUGAUUAAUUAACACAC